AGACAGACAGCGAAGCCUGGAAGCAAACAAGCCUCUCGAAGCAACAUCGUCGGAAAGUUUACCCAGAGUGUAAAACGAAUCGUGCAGGAAGUCAAAGAGGAAGGGGUUCCGGCCGACGGCGAGACGCGAGACGACGCGAUCGCCACCAACCACCGCCUCCGCGCCGUCCGAAGUCGCAUGGAGGAUUCGUACGACACCGCUCGCACGGCUCUCCUCACGCUCCACACGCAGUACAAUCAGAGCAAGAGCACGUGGAAUGUGUUCACGCGCUACUCCCUCCUCAAGGCUAUGAUUAAGGAGGUGGUGAGGCUCGAGACGGAAUACUGGCAGCUGCUGGACAUCCCCCGUCAGGAGAAGCAAGAGCCUGUCCUCACGUACGUCCUGCGAGCGUGUGCCAUCGUGGAGAAGAGCCAGAGGUCGCAGGAGCAGGCGGAGAAGGCGCACCGGGCGGACGAAGACGAGGAGAGAAAGAGAGAAAACGCACAGAGGCUCAACGGGAUGACAACGUCUCAGAUUCUGGAGGAGAACACGAUGCUGACCAACGAACUCUACAGGCAGCUGAGGAAAUACUCUUCACUACGCACUCUCAUGAGGGAACUCAAGGAUGACUACGUCGAGAGCAAAAUGUACCCGAUCAUCCCCAGAUACUUCAUGUUAAAAGAGAUGAUUCACGACGUCAUGCGGGACCCGGCUUUCGUGGAAAUCUGCCACGAAGUCACCCAAGGACCCCCGCCACCUGCGACUUAGUAGGUUCUCCUCGAGCCAGCUGGGCACAAACGCCGAGGACUUGCUUUCUAGUCGCUCCUUUGUCUCGAGAAAGUUCGAGGGACGCUCACCUCGAAGGACGCCGCCGAUUUACUGUUCCUCGUCGAGUACGUUUUCAAGGCAGUCAUGACCAAUUCCUCAGGCCGUUUUCUGUUGCAAAUGAUAGACUGAUGCUAUCGGUGUUAAUCUUAUUACUGUCGUUAUCACUAUCAGUAGUAUUGUUAUGAUUAUGAUUAUUUGUAUAAUUUUGCAUUAUUAUUGUUUCUAUU